ACCUCCACCCUGGAGACGGCCAUGCAGCUGAUGAUCCAGACCUUCCACAAGUACUCCGGUGACGAGGGGGACAAGUACACACUGAGCAGAGCGGAGCUCAAGGAGAUGCUCACCACAGAGCUGGGGAACUAUCUGGGGAACGCCCAGGACAAGGAGGCGGUGGACAAGGUGAUGGGAGACCUGGACUCCAACGGAGACGGGGAGGUGGACUUCACUGAGUUCAUCAUCCUGGUGGGGGCCCUCACCGUCGCCUGCAACGACUUCUUCCUGGAGUUCAACGAAAAGCAGGAGAAGACGAAGUGA